AAAUAGAAAGAAAGAGGGAGAGAGACCAAACAGAAAGAGCACCCUCCCUCCCUCCCUCCUUCAUUUUGUCCUUUCUUUCCAGUCAUUCAAUUUCUCAUCUUCUUGCUUCUUGUUCACAUCUUACCCAAAGAAUCCAUUUUGUUCCUCUUUUUUUCCUGCCUUUCUUUCUCGCACUUAUUAGAGAGGCUCAAGAACCUCAAAUCCCAGCACCAAAGGAAGCCAAGGCUAAGGAAGAGAGAAGCAGAGACUACUUUUCUUUUCUUGAGUAAGAGACAUGAACUCUAUCUUUCUUCCUUCAUUCACCUUCCAGAUUUAUGCUCAGGAACAACACAAAAGUACAGUUUUUUGUUCUUCUUCUGAUAUCCUCUUGUCCAUUUAGAAAAACUUGAGCUGCGGAAGACCACAAAAGUGGAGUCUUUUUCUUUCAUAUUUUAUAUUCUGUAUCUCUUGAUGACUGUAUUUGUGUUGGAUGUGGUUGAUAGCUGUUCCUAGGUUGUCUAAAUCUGUUCCUCAUUUUGGCAAUUUCUCUUUGUUUAUUCAUUUUUUUGACAAGGAUAUUGUAUCUGUAUCUCUCUAAGCUCAAACCCAUUUCGCAAUUUCUCCUUGCGCAGCAGCAGGGAUAACAUAUGGUUUCCUAAUCUGCUCUAUAGUGUUCUGAGUUGUGGGCUUCCUUGAUUUUUUCUUCCCUUUGAAUCUAAGAAGGAAAGAUCGUUCCCUUCCACUUUCCUGGUAAUUGGGUUUAACGAUUGCAGUUGUGGGUUCAGCGACUGAGGGAGGAAUGUUCCUCCAUUUCCUUUACUAGUUGUUGGGCUGCUGUAAAUUUUGGCAGAUUCAGUCUUGUUUCGUAUUUUCGUUGGUUCUCCCUUCCCGCACUCUAUUCUUCUUUUGGUGGGUUCUUGCUGUGGCUGCCGACUUCAUCGAGAACUUUGUUAUCAUCGAAAUGGGUAUUUGCCUCAAUUGAAAUUCCUUUCUCCACUAUGGAGAUUUGAAUUUUUUGCUCUCCUUUUAAGUCUCAAUUCCUUCUGCUCUUUCUCCCCCCCACCAAUUUGAUAUCUCUCUGUCUCUCGCUCCUUACUACUUCCUUCCCCCUUCUCUCUCGCCAUCCGUCUCUCCCCGCCACCGCAUCCACCUUUCGAGCGUAUUUGUUUGUCCAUGGAGGAAGGAAGUGAUUACAGGCCGUGGGACGAGCUGAUACCAGAUGCCCUUGGUCUCAUCUUCAGCAAGUUGUGUUUACGAGAUAUAUUGACAGUAGUCCCCAUGGUAUGCAAAUCAUGGAGCAGGGCAGUUUUAGGUCCCUAUUGUUGGCAGGAGGUCGACAUUGAAGAAUGGAGUGAAGUAUGCUUGCCGGAACAACUCGAUCGUAUGCUCCAAAUGCUGAUCACUCGAAGCUCUGGUUCCCUCCGCAAGCUCUCUGUCACCAGACUACGCAACGACGAGAUGUUCCCUUUUCUUGCUGAUCAUGCCGGUUCCCUUCAGACACUUAAGCUGCCAAGAAGCGCGAUAAGUGGCUCCAUAAUCGAACAGAUGUCUGGAAAGCUCUCAAAUCUCACUUUCCUGGACUUGAGCUACUGCAGCAAAAUUGAUGCUCGUGCCCUCGAGCUUGUUGGAAACAAGUGUAAACACCUUGAGGUACUUUUCCGGAACAUGCAUCCACUGGACAAAGCUGAUAAGGAGGCGCAAGAAGACGAGGCCCAUGCGAUCGCCACCACGAUGCCCAACCUAAAGCACUUGGAGAUGGCGUACCACCAGGUCAGCACCGAGAACAUUCUGAGGAUCUUAUCAACCUGCACCGGUCUGGUGCACAUUGAUUUGAGAGGGUGUUGGGACGUGGAGCUCGACGACAAGUUCCUGCUUGAGAAAUUCCCGAAACUGAAGGUGUUGGGUCCGCUCGUGAUGGACUAUUACCAGAUGAAUAACUCGGAGGAGGACGAGUGCUUAGAGUUCUCGGAUUCUUCGGAGGAGGACCUGGCGUGGGCAUUCGUACACGGUGAGAUGGGGGGUUAUGAUUAUGAGAGUUAUGAUGAAAUGUGGGAUGAUGAUGAAGGCAGGCUGGAGGAGUUGGAGGUCAGGUUCUAUGAAGGGAUUCAGGAUGCUGGAUUGUAUGGUUGGCCUCCAUCCCCUUAGCAGUAUGUGAUUGAUUAUAGCUUUGCUUGCUAGGUCAAUUGUGCUAUGUUUUGUGUAAACUUUAUAAUCUGUGCUAUCUGUGGAAACCUAGAAAAUGGCAUAAUGUCCCUUGUAGAAGUUCUUGCGUCAUAAACCCAUGGAUACUAGCAAUAUAAGUGUCUCAAGUGGUAGUAUGUUAGUUUGUUGUCAAUGGUAUUUAUUGACCUGCUCUUAUUUUCUGGAAAAUGUUAUUGAGAAACUCAAUGGAGUAUGUCCUUCCCAAAACUGGGGUUAAUAGCAAAAUUGCUCGUUUAUGUUUGAGAUUGCUAAGAAAUCAAUCACUUUGUAAA